GUAGGGCUCCCUUUAUAAACUUCUCGAGACUCACUCCCGCUUGAUUAGGGUUUUGCAUCUUCGCCUCCUCUGCUUCGUCGGCGUCUUGCAGUCCUCACGAAUCCUGACCAUGGCGGAACAGACGGAGAAGGCAUUCUUGAAGCAACCCAAGGUGUUCCUUUGCUCGAAGAAGUCGGGGAAAGGGAAAAGGCCCGGAAAAGGAGGGAACCGUUUCUGGAAGAGUAUCGGCUUGGCGUUUAAGACUCCUAGAGAGGCUAUCGAAGGUACAUAUAUUGAUAAGAAAUGCCCAUUCGUUGGAAAUGUUUCCAUUAGGGGUCGUAUCCUUGCUGGUACUUGCCACAGUGCGAAAAUGAUGAGGACCAUCAUUGUUCGGCGCAAUUACCUACAUUUUGUUAAGAAAUACCAAAGAUAUGAGAAGAGACAUUCAAACAUUGCAGCACAUGUAUCCCCAUGUUUCCGUGUGAAAGAGGGAGACCAUGUCAUAAUUGGGCAGUGCAGGCCUCUGUCAAAGACAGUGAGGUUUAAUGUCUUGAAGGUGAUUCCUGCUGGUUCUUCCGGAGCUGGUAAGAAGGCAUUCACUGGUAUAUGAGUUCCAGCCUGCAAGGUCUCAGAGGCAUUAGAUUUGAUGACACCGAUGUUAGAUUGAGUUUCUUCUUCCGGACAACAAUUUUUUGUCCUUUGGUUUGCUAUUUAAGAUAUUAAAUAUUUGUACGACCUGUCUAUGAUUGCUUUCAUUCGGAGUUAAUGAAUUUUGCCAUGCCAAUCAUUUUUUUUUUA